GUUCAAUCGUCGAGUACUUAUACGGUUCCAUGUUCAAGCUCAAUACCCUCAGAGACCUACACACUUUACUUCUACCCCACGCGGUUCUCAGGCUAGAUACCGCAUAUCGCUCACUUUUACACCGAGUCACCUAGCACUCGAACUCAUUAUCAUACCUCUUGGCUCAAAGACUUAGUAGAUCCCUCAAGACUCAUAUCAUGAUCACUGGCCUCGAAAUCCCAAUAAUAACUGCUCUCUCCGGAAAAUUAGCGGCUGCUAUUCAGGCCAAUCGUACUUCAGUCUUGGUUGAAGAAACAAAGAGCAUUUUGAAUGACGAAAAACUUACGAAUUUAUUAUGCCUUCUCUACAAACUGGACCCAAAAUUGGCCAAAAGGAAUGAUAAGCGAUAUGCAAAAGCUCGGGCCAUUUGCGACAACCUGGAGUUAUUGAAGGGUUCCAAAUACAUUCUGAUUCGACACAUAAGUGCACGUAGUGCAAACGCUCUUGCGUUGCAGUACAGUGAUCAUGUUACUGCUGAUACAACGGAUGCUAAAAUCAGACAGUCGCGCGAGAAGGCACACAUGCGAGAGCAAAUGCAACACAGCGACGGAAACAAGCAUAUAAGUCAUGCUCCCCAUUCCGUUCAACAUCAUCACGCUGCUGCUGCAAAUACCAAUCAGACACCUCGAUAUAUUGUUCAAACUCCCAGUAUGGCUGCAUUCGCCUAUCAUCAGGAUACUCCAAACAAUCCUACCAUCGAGUCCUGUCCAGAAGGUGCAGGGCCCAUACUGCCAGAUGGCUUCAAGCACGGAACCCUCGCAUAUUACUAUCAGCCACCACACACCAUGGCCAGUAUAGACGAAAAUUCUUCAACGAGCCAAACGGACUUGGAAGAGGAUGACCUGAUUCCGGUUAUCGAAAUUAGAGACAAGCCCAAGUCUUCUCGGCGCGGUUCUGCUCAAAGGUUCUCUCAUAGUCACGUAAGGCGGAGAUCUACAGACAGUGAAGAAAUUGUUGAAAACAUCCGCAGCGGAUUGCAAGACAUCGCUGAAACUGCUCAUUAUAUUGAUAACUUCAGAGCUUCGAAUGAAAGCAAUGAUGACGUUACCAGCAUUACAUCUGGUACUAGUUAUAUGAGCAUUGAUGAUACUGAUACCGAGGGAGGGAGUAUCUUUGACUCUGGGCUUGAUGAUUUCUAGACAACAUUCUCAUUCAGCCACUGUAAUAUUUAUUCCUGCUUUACUCGAACUUGAAUGCUCAUAUAUCCAUCCUUCUAAUGAUCACAAUUCUUGCUAUCUAUGCUCUCAUGCUGUAUUAAUUUAAUGUUGCUCCUGUAGCUACUGUUGGUAUUAUGUAUUCUCACAACAUAUUGCACAAGUUGCUCUUC